AGGCAGAUCAACCACUUUUGUUUGGAAGUGUGUUGAUAGUAUCUUACGAACCGUACAAGUACAAGGUUGCUCAACGAGAGACGACUUCCAAUUUCUUUACCAAUUGACGUGCUCAUCCCCUUUUUUUACCUGUAAACGAAAGACAGAGCUUUUUAUAAUACGGAUUAUCGAGCAUUCCAGGCAAGUGAAUUCGUCUUAAAAAUGAAACUGCCAAUUGCGAUUCUGGUUCUUUUAGCCUUCUUAAAUUUGUCUGCUUCCGUAUCCGUGGGAUCAAAAGCUGAAAAAAAAAAGAUGGUUUGCUACUACGGAAGCUGGGCCGUUUACAGGCCAGGAGCAGGAAAGUUUGACGUAGAAGAUUUGGAUCCGUUCAUUUGCACUCACAUCAUUUACGGGUUCGCUGGGCUCGGCUAUGACAACACCAUCAUUUCGUUGGAUCCAUACAAUGACCUGCCUGAAAACUGGGGCAAAGGUGCGAUGGUUCGCUUUACAGGGCUCAAAAAUCAAAAUCCCGAACUGAAAGCUAUUCUGGCAAUUGGAGGAUGGAACGAAGGAUCGGAAAAAUACUCCAAGAUGGUAUCAAGUCCUGCCGAGAGAGCCAAAUUUACAAAUUCAGUGGUUGACUUUCUCCUCAAGUACAACUUUGAUGGCUUAGACUUUGAUUGGGAGUACCCGUCUAAUCGAGGUGGAAUUCCAGCUGACAAGGAAAAUUUUAUUUACAUGAUUGAAGAAUUAAAAGCUGCAUUUUCUCCACAUGGAUUGCUCCUGACUGCUGCUGUUUCGGCUGGAAAAACAACCAUUGAUACUGCAUAUGAUGUACCAGCAAUGUCCAGGAUUCUAGAUCACAUCCAUAUAAUGGCGUACGAUUUUCACGGUGCCUGGGAGGAUUUUACCGGUCACAAUUCACCGCUCUACAGCAACCCAGAAAUCGAUUACGGAGAAUUUGCCACCUUCAAUCAGGAUUAUGCCGUCAACUAUUGGCUCGAUAAAGGAGCUGAUCCUUCGAAACUUGUUCUAGGCAUGGGUCUAUACGGGCGAGGAUUUAUUUUGAGCAAUCCAGCCAACAACGGGUUUUACGCUAGCGCAAACCAACCUAUUUCUGCGGGACCAUACACGCGGGAGCCUGGAAUAUGGGGCUAUAAUGAGAUUUGUGAGAAAUUUGCGGCCGAACCAGGCACCUGGACUGUAGUCGUUGAUCCCUUUUACAUGUCUCCCUAUACUUACAAAGGAAACCAAUGGAUGGGCUACGAUGACCAAGAUUCUCUUAAAACCAAAGCCCAAUAUGCUGCUUCCAAAGGAUUGGGAGGAGCAAUGGUUUGGUCAGUUGAAACGGACGAUUUCCAUGGCACUUGUCAUGGAACACCUUUUAUAUUGAUAAAAACCAUCUACGAGACUCUGAAUGGGCCUAUCGUGUAUCCGACUCCGCCGACUGGUGAACCAACACAGCCCACCGUUACUGGUCCGGCUCCUACCGGAGAGUUUACCACCGGUGGAUAUUCAACCACUAAAGAUCCCCGUCCGACGACUGUUACUCCUCCUCCAAGUCAAACGUGUCAAUCAGAAGGCUACUUUCCUGACCCGAACGAUUGCGGAAAAUAUUAUCUUUGUGUACCAAGCGGAAGCGAAUGGGUCGUUUACUAUUACGAAUGCGGAGCAGGAACUGUUUUCGAUCCCUCAAUUAAUAACUGCAAUUUCCCUUAUAACGUUCCAGGAUGCGAGAACUAUCCCGGAAAACGCGAUGUGCAACAUUAACUUGGAACUGCUACCCGUAUGUACUGCAAUAAAUUUCCAACAGUAGUUAAAGUUAACCAUAAAUAGAAAGAAAAAGUAAAGCUUUUAUUGAAUUUCUGAAAACAAGUCAGCCUGAAUCAAACUCUUAUUUUUAGGCUAUUCAUGAUUAAUGGAUAAACAAUAAAAGAUGGUGUACACUGUA